CAGGGGUAUAAGGGUGGGCAGGGGUUGUUCACUGUGAAACUGCAGUGUUGUUGCUGUUGUACCCCUUUUUCUGGGCUCGGAGCAGCAAUCGGUUAUGAGUGUGCAGAGGUUGUUGCUGGCAGUGCAGGUCCUUGCUGCACCCCCCUUUACUUUGGCUUACUUGGCAGGUGCACAGGGGAGGGUACUACCCGUCAAAUGCAGCCUUGCAGUGGGGCAGUUGCUAGAAGUGAAAAUAUGCCGGCUGGAAUCUGCUGGGGUGCAUUUUUUGCACUACUACAACAACCUUAUGUGAGUUUCAGUGUCGUAGGCUUUUGGGGCGAGUUCUAACACCAUUUCUUCUUGGUGUACUAUGUGUUUGGGGUCAAACACGUAUUUCCUCAAUUGUGAUACAUGAGACACAUUGUGUACAUUCCCGAAGCUUGGCGGGAGUGCUAAUCUGUAUGCCACAGGGCCAACUGUUUCUAGGAUCUCGUAAGGUCCGAUAAAACGUGGCUUUAGUUUGCCCUUGACGCUGAAUCUAGUUAUCCCUUUCGACGGGGAUACUUUCAGGAAAACUUUGUCUUCCCGCUUUGAACUGUAAAUCGGUUCUGUUAGCGUCUGCGUAAGAUUUGUGUCUAUCUUGAGCUUCUUUGAUUCUCUCUCGGAUCUGUCAGACGAUUUCUAUCAUUUCCUCUCCGAAGUCUGGUCCGAGAAUUCUUCUCUCACCCACUCCAUCCCAGUAAAGUGGUGAUCUACAUUUCUUCCCAUAGAGUGCAAGGGAAAACGAAGCGAUCUCUCCAACGCUGAGUGGCCAAGGUGAAGAGGCUGACGGGAUGGCUGAGGGUCUGGACCUCGCAUCCAGGUCAGUAGGCCACAAGGAGACCAGUCCUACUGCCCAGGAUCAAUUUUCAGCACAAGCUGAGAAGGAACCAGAAGAAGAGAAAGACGAGGAUGAUGGAGAGGAAGUUAGAUAUCAGGAAGAAAGGAAGCGAAAAGGGAAAGCUCUUAUGAAGAAGAAACCCAGUGUCAAGAGGCAGCGCACAGCAAAUACAAGCGUAGUCACAACUGAAGCCGUUCAGAGAACCCCACCAAGCCGCAGGGAACAGAGUGAUAGCGAAUACGCUAUCAGUGAAGAGUCGGACUCAGAUAGCGACAUAUCCUUGGAGAAUGAGGAGUGCAGUGAGCAACAACUCCCGCGCGAUCAUCGGGAGCUAGUGCACUCCCCGGUAGAGAGACUGCGGUACCGGCGCUGGUCAGUAGACCUUACUGACGAUCUGGUGGAGGAAAUGAAGUUAUUCGACUCUAAGAAGCUACAAAAGGUCUUCGAUGGCAAGGAUGAAGGGAGUAAGCAGGUUAAAAGCGGAAAGGUACUUCAUAUUCCCUCUUUAGAUGAAUUAAGAGCCCGCGAGCAGUUUCUCUCUUAUUUGCAUGCGUUAGGAUUCGAAUGGUUGUUGGAGAAUGGGAAUCCGAACAUCAGUGUUAGGUUAGCAAAGGAGUUCUUUACCACAUUCCGAUUUAGGGUCACAACAGAUUUGGAUGAGGUUUCUAUAAGUUUCCAGUUGUUUGGAGGGGAAAUAAGUAUGAAUCUGAUUGAGUGGACAGUAAGGUUAGGGAUGUGCAGUCUGGAGGAGGCGAUAGGAUAGGAGUGGCGGAGCAGGGAACGGGGAAUUCCCCGUAGGCACGUAGAUUUCGAACCCCAAGAGGCGUGGGAAGAGUUAACUCACCCAGCCUCCGGGGAAUUGGCAUCCACUCUCUCUCGCUCAAUCCAUUUCAAUAACCCAAUCCUACGCCUAGUCCAGCUUCACUUGGACUUCAAUUUGUUGGGGCAGUCGAACUCCGCGGUAAGAACAUCAAUGACAGAGUUAUACCUUCUGUGGUGCGCGAAGCGCGGAAGGAAAUUACAUCUAGGAUUCUGGACAGCAUACCAAUGCCAUCUAAUUGCCACCCACCCAGCGAGAAACCUCACUCUCUGCCAUAUCUUGGGAGUGUUCUUCAGAAACAACAUCAUCAUCACAGAGGCUGAAAGCUUAUCUCCCCAGAUCAUGGUAGACCCCCCUGGGUUGUUUGACACCCCAUUUUUCGUCCGGACGAAUGCUGUGUACAUGAGACAAGGAGUACCACGGUUUUACGCGAUGGGUGAGGAGGCUAUACCGACUGGGAGAUCUGCAGCACAUCCGGGGACACAAGAUCAAGAGCAGAGAUAGGAGAGGCUAGAGAAGGCAGUGGAUGAGUUGGUGGAAGAAAAUCGACAAGCUAGGCAGAGUUGGCUCGCCUGACUAACAUGAUGGAAGGGAUCUUGAAGGAGUUGGGAACGGGGAAGCUAGUGAGAGAGCUGGACCGAGUGGCCACGGAGGCCGAACUAAUGAACCACGAGUAUCAGAGGAGGUAGUACCCGAGACAGAAGAAGCAGAGCAGAAAGAAGAAGAGAAACAAGAUGAAUCUGAGGAAGAACCAUCCAGAAACGAGGAAGAGGAUUUGGAGGAACCACCUGCACCAGUCCCUGCAUCGAGGAGGAGCAGGAGAAACGCGUGACCACCACCCCACCUGACAAGUUACUUUUUUUUUUAAGUUUUAUUUUUUCAUUUUUUGUUUUUAUGUG